GUCAACGAGCUUACUCUGUUGUUUGUACUGGGCCUCGAUUGGCACUGUUUGGUUGUGAAAAGUGAUCUUUUGUGCUAGUGGUCUUGUCUUUUCAGUUCGGGUAUCAUCGCCAUCGUCGACAUCUCAGCAACGCCCUGUCCAGUAGGUGACCCAUUAACAAACACGAGGAACGACACAGGCAUAGACACGUCCACGGGAAACCUUGGUCAGCCUCCACGAUGUCGAAGCAAGAAUCCAAAGAUCCGUUUAAAGAUUGGAAAAUGAAACGCCACCGGGCUUGUGAGAGAUGUCAAGACAAAAAGGCAAAGUGCGAAUGGAUGACCGAGGGUGCAGCGUGCAUACGAUGCCACAGCAGAGGACAACCAUGCACACUUCGUCGUACCACCAAAAAUGCCACCCUCGAAAGAGGCGAAACUUCAUCAUCCGGGUUAGGUCAGCGCUCAAGUCGAUCGCCUCGACCCCUCACAUCUACCACCAGGAGGUCGAACAACGAUCCUCAUGGUGAUGUUGAUAUUCCGAUCGAUCCUCGAUUACUCGCGGCCGAUCAGGAGAACCAGAGAAAGGACACAGAUAAGGGAAAGGGAAAGGGAAAGGGAAAGGCUGAGGAUGAGGAUGAGGACACAGAUAAGGGAAAGAGGAAGGGGAAGGGAAAGGGAAAGGCCAAGGCUGAGGAUGAGAAAUAA